UCUCCGGGGAUCCAUGCUGCUAUUCGCCAAGGGCCAAGGGGGCGGGACCAGCUGGUUUGGAUCGGGCCAGUCCAAGCCAGAGUUCACGGUGGACCUCCGGGGAGGCUCGGUGGACUGGGCCUCCAAGGACAAGUCCAGCAAGAAGAACGUCCUGGAGUUGAAGACCCGUCAGGCCACAGAGCUGCUGAUCCAGUCGGAUAACGAGACGGUCAUCAACGACUGGUUACAGACCCUGCAGGAAACCAUCUGCACCCAUGCCUGGGAGUCUGACGAGGCCAUCGAGGAGGACAUGCCGGAGUCUCCCGGGACGGAGAAACAGGACAAGGAGAAGGAGCACCGGGACUCAAAGAAGGGCGUCAAAUACUCGGCCAGCGUGGAAGACCGGGACAACAAGAAGACCCGGCACAAGCUCAAGAAGUUCCUGACGCGUCGGCCCACGCUACAGUCCGUCCGGGACAAGGGCUACAUCAAAGACCAGGUGUUUGGCUGCAGCCUGGCCGAGCUUUGCCAGAGGGAGAGUACCUCAGUGCCCAGCUUUGUGAGGACGUGCAUCGACCACGUGGAGCAGAACGGGCUGCACGUGGACGGGCUGUACAGAGUCAGCGGGAACCUGGCCAUCAUACAGAAACUACGCUAUUCCGUUAACCACGAUGAGAAGGUGAGCCUGUCUGAGGGGAAGUGGGAGGACGUCCACGUGACGGCGGGCGCUCUGAAGAUGUACUUCAGGGAGCUUCCCGAGCCGCUCUUCACCUUCUCCUCCUUCCACGACUUUGUCGGCGCCAUCAAGAAUUCAGAGUACAAACACCGGGUGCAUUCCAUUAAAGAGCUGGUGAAGCAGCUGCCGCGGCCGAACCACGACACCAUGCAGCUGCUGUUCAAGCACCUCCGCAAGGUGAUCGACCACGGGGAGGAGAACCGGAUGACCACCCAGAGCGUGGCCAUCGUGUUCGGGCCCACGCUGCUGCGGCCAGAGACGGAGACCCUGAACAUGGCCGUCCACAUGGUGUACCAGAACCAGAUCGUGGAGCUCAUCCUGCUGGAGUACGAGGCCAUCUUCGGCAAGUAGGACCCCCCCCGGGCGGAGGGCAGGAAGGGGGGGGGGGGGGGGGGGGUUCUGGAGCUUAAGAACGGAGCCCUGGCCGGGAAUCAGCCAGACACAACCCGGGACGGUCUUCGUCUGGUGUGGCCUGGCUCGAGACUCUUCACCUCCAGCUUGUCCCCCAGGUCUGUGUGCAAACCCCUUUCGGACCGUGGACCCCACGGAGCUCGGGUGGAGCUGAUGUUUUAGGGGACGGGGGGGGGGGGGGGACAACCCUGAGGAAAAGAGGCUCUUUCGUUUUCUUUUUUCUUUUGUUUUGCACUCGACAGUGCUUGCAUUUCGUGCCACAUGGAUGCCACUCCGUUUCCUGCUACACUGGAUUCCUUGGACUUCAACGGACAAAAAAACAAAACAAUUUCUCUCUGCUACUGGAUGAGGCCGAGAGCUGCUGGGGAGAUGUGUAUGUCAGUUGGGGGGGGGGGGGGGGUACGUUCACCGAUCUUACGUGUUGAGGUAUCUCAACCAGGAGGUCAUUAAGGCGGACCUGAUGCCGCGUUGCGUGCGCUUGUGUCGCACUUGUUCACCUAACUUGUAAAGUCAGUGUUUCGUCCAUUGCCUCUCCUGCUGCUUCCUCACCUGCGGUCCAACACGCCUCCACCUUUACCUCCGGGGACCUCCCCCCCCCCCCCCCCCCCUCGCUCUCUCUCUCCAUGGGUCAUCUUUCCACAGGUGGGGUCUUAACAGAACUGGCCGCUGCCCUUUCCGGUACUAUUGGUCAUCGGUCGCAACAUGAGCAAAGAGAGUGAACUCUGGAUACUGGGUGUUGCUUUGGAUGAGUCCCCAUGAGGAGAACUUGCUGAGCUCAGUUCCGUGGCUCGGAGCAACAAAACCUUUAUGCUAACGCAUGCUAGUCUUUAUUCAAUUCUUUCUUCUUCUUCUUCUUCUUCUUCUGCUUCUGCUUCUGCUUCUUCUUCUACUUCUGCUUCUGCUUCUGCAUCUUGUCUCCCUCUCUUUGUCUUCUAUCUCUACUGCUGAUCUUUAUGUUGCUUCUCUCUCUCACGGUCUCUCCCUCUUCGCUGGUCGAGGACCUACCUUACUCUGUAGAAACGUCCCUUUUUAUCCAGCUUUAAGAACAAAAUCAGUCUUGAGUCGCAUACUAAAAAAAGUGCCCGAAUCGGAAAAAAAACAACAACGGUACAUCUCGUCGUGUUAUUUCCUUUGUUAAUGGGUAGAACAUAUUAAGGUGAAGAGCCUUUGAAACUCUGUUGUAUUGAGACGUGUGCAGAGCAUUAGCGUGUGUGUGGGUCGAGGGACAGAUGAGAUAAUUGAAUGAUGAAUCGGUGAUGAAUGGACCAAGUGACAAUAAAUUGUACAAAUGGUAAAUAUGAGGAUGUAUGCCGUGAGUCUAUGAAAUAUGGGGGGAAAUCCAUAAUGUAUGAUGAUUCUUGAAACUGAUGGAUUGAGGAAUAAAGGUCUGAACUUUA